GAGAGGGCAGCGAGAGAGCGAGCGGCGGCCCAAUGAGCAACAUGUUACAUUUUCUAUGUCUUCUUUUCCACGAUGCACUUUAGGAUUUCAAUAAGAUGCGUGUGUGUUUCCAGAUAACCAGUUUCCUUCUCGCCGUAAACUUUUACAGCCGGCCAGUGCGAGCUCAGGAUCCCUCCUGUUGCCACCAUGCUGCCGAAUUCUCACCUUGCAGAGAAGCUUGUGGCCAGCUCACCACUAUAAAGAGUGAGUCGCGUCUGAAGCAUCUCCUGCAGAGGUUACCUGGUUACUGUCCAGAGUCUAUGAAUGAACUUUGGAUGUGCAUCAAUUCUACACUUCCAGGAGUAUCGAGGAAAUCAGAAGGCUGGGUGGGGCUGGGCUGCUGCGAACUGGCCAUCACGACAGAGUGUCGCAAGGAAUGCAAACAGGCAUUGUCAAAAAAUGAUAUAACAAAAGUAUGCAAGAAAACCACAGAGAACUCGCUCUACAGCUGCAUCACCAAAAAUGAAAUGGGCUCUACAUGCUGCAGCUAUGCAGGUCGUCACACCACCUGCAGAGAGUACUGCCAGGCCAUCUUCAGGACCGACUCGACCCCCACCGUGUCCCAGAUCAGCGCUGUCAAAGACUACUGUCAGACUCACAGUGCUCAGCUGAUUCACUGUGUCAACAACUUCACAAAGUCCUACCCCAUACACAGCCCUGUGGACAGUCUGUACUGCUGCGACAGGGCAGCUACCCACUGCCAGAUGGCUUGCCGACAAAUCCUUCGCACUAUGAGCACAGAGCAUGAGAUUAUGGAGGGUUUGAUCAAGGAGUGCGGCUCCCAGCCGCUCCCUCAGGAGCCUAUGUGGCAGUGCUUUCUGAGCAGUGUCCAGACUCCUUCCAUAACUGAAGAGGAUAACCUUCCUGCCAAGAUGGACUGUGCCAAGCUGCACUGCUGCUCCAAAGCCAACACCUCACUCUGCAGGGACAUGUGUCUGGAGAUCAGCUCUAACUGGGGCAGCCAGACAUGGCAAGACUUUGACCAGCUCUGUGAGUACAACCCAGUGGAAACAGAGCUCAUCAACUGCCUGGCUGACGUCAGAGAGCCCUGCCAGCUGGGCUGCAAGGACCUCACUUACUGUACCAACUUCAAUAACAGGCCGACGGAGCUGUUUCGCAGCUGUAACAUCCAGUCAGACCAGGGUGCCAUGAAUGACAUCAAGCUGUGGUCUAAUGGUACAAUUAAGAUGCCCUUCAUGAACAUCCCUGUGCUGGACAUUAGGAAGUGUCAGCCCAAUAUGUGGAAGGCUGUGGCCUGCGCCCUGCAGAUCAAACCCUGCCACAGCAGGUCCAGAGGGAGCGUUAUAUGCAAAUCAGAUUGCGUGGAUAUCCUGACCCAGUGUGGAGAUACAAAACGUUUUCACGAAGGACAAACACCAGAGAGGAUCUGUGAGCUCCUGUCGCCUAUUGAUGACCCUGAACACUGCAUCCCUCUCUACAGAUACCUUACACCCAGCUCCCUAGGCAGCGACACUGUUGAGGAGGUUAUCCAUCCAUGCAAUCCUAACCCCUGUCCAAGCAACCACAUAUGCCAGGUGAACAGGAAGGGCUGCCUCGAUGAGCUAAACUGUCAGCCAUACCUCUGUGUGCCAGGCUGCAAAAUGGGUGAAGCCUCUGAGUUCUUGGUGCAACAGGAUGCUCGUAUCCAAGUGCCUACGCGCACUGAUCCUACAGUUUGCUUCGAGGUGUGCAGCUGUGGUCCCAGUGGGCGCCUGGAGAACUGUGUGGAGAUGCCCUGCAUGGACACCAGCAAGCCCUGCAUCGUAGGAGGACAGAGGAAGAGCCAUGGGACGUCUUUCAAGACCGACUGCCACAACUGUUACUGCUUCGCUGGUGAGACCGUCUGCUCCACUAAAGAGUGUCUCAGCUCUGGAUACACAGAUGACAGUCAUCGACACUUCACUGGUCUUCCCUGUAGCUGCCAGGACCGCUUUGUUCCAGUGUGUGCCUCUAAUGGGCGGACAUAUCCCAGUGCCUGCGUUGCUCGAUGUAUGGGAUUCAAGGACAGUCAGUUUGUCUUUGGCCCGUGCCACCUCAGUAAACCAUGUGCCAGCAAACCCUGCCAGAGAAACCAGAGGUGCAUCCCAAAGUAUCGCGUGUGUCUGAGUGACGUGUCGGACUGUCCGCAGUAUGAGUGCGUCGGGCACGCGGCAACCUGCGACAAGAACAGCGAGGACCCAGCCUGCGACACUGAGGGCAUCGACCACCGCAGUCUGUGCCAUUUGCACCAGGCUGGAAAAAUCUUGGCCUACAUGGGCCGCUGCCAGGAAGGCUGCAGAAAGCCAAAACAAGUCUGUGGCCAUAAUGGCGAAACCUACAACACGGUGUGUGGCGCCUAUUCUGACCGUGUCACUGUGGACUAUGAGGCCCCCUGCCGAGCUGUGGGAGCUGUCUCUGACGUGGCCCCUGACUCAGCCUGCAGUUUGGUUUCAUGUCCAAGUCUGUCCACUCCAGGCUGCCACCCUGUCACUCCACCCGGAGCCUGUUGUCCCAUAUGUGCCAGCAUCCUGCAGAUCCUCUGGAGCAAAGAGCGAAUGAACACGUUCUCAAAGCUGAACAAGAAGCAGCCGGUGACGGUCCACGAUGUCCUUCAAAUCCUGCGGCCUCACAUCUCAGUGCCGCAGUGUGAUGUUUUCGGCUACCUGAGUAUUGACCACCUGCUGGUGGUCAUCAUCGCCCCAAUGGACCAGCAGCCAACACCUCUGCAGAUUGAAGCCUGCAGUAAAGAGGCUGAGAAGAUUGACUCCCUCAUCAACUAUGCCAGCCCCACUCUGGUGUCCCACGUCCCUCUGUCUGCCUUCCUCACCUCUGAAAUCAAGACAUCUUCCAUCUGCUCCUCAGGGAGCACGCCAUCGUCACUUCUGACACCCGCCCUGUGUUUCCUCCUGGGUCUCCUUGUUACACCGGCUCCAGUGCUCUAAGUGCCAGCCUCUGUGACUCCCAGUGUGCCAAAGUCAGGAUGGUGGGCGUGUUCUGGCAGCAAUGAACAGACGAUCGUGAUGACAAUCAUUCCUAUUGACUGACCUGCGUUUCAAACAAUCAGGGUGGUUCAAAGCUUUUGUAUCAACUAUGUUUAGUGACUAGUUACUCACUGGAUUUCCCAGCCAGUGUGUGUGUGUGUGUACGUGUGUGUGUGUGUGUGUGUGUGUACGUGUGGACGGGUAUUAACAUCUUCAUGGGGACCAAAAAUUGGUAGUUUACUAUACUUGUGGGGACAAACAGCCCUUGUGGGGACCAAAAUCCCGGUCCCCACGAGUUUGAAGGCAUUUUUGAGCCUCAAAAUGUGGUUUUAGUGUCAGGGUUACAAUUAGGUUAUGGUUAGGUUUAGGGUCAGGGUCAGGGUUAGGCAUUCAUUUUUGAUGGUUAGGGUUAGGGUAAGGGGCUAGGGAAAGCAUUGUGUCAAUGAGAUGUCCCCACAAGGAUAUAAAUACACACAUGUGUGUGUGUGUGUGUGUGUGAGUGUGUGUGUGUGUGUGUGUGUGUGUGUGAUAGACACUGUUUAUCCAUCCGUCCCAGGAGCACCAGGAGGGGGCGCUGAUGUGCAUGUUUGAUUCAAGACUGCACAAAGUGUCCUUGCUAAGCAGGACAUCACAUACACACACACACAUCAUUUUUGGUGUCACUACAUCCAGGUAUCUGUGUACAUUGUAAACAUACAUUGGAACAUAUAUAAUGAAGGGCACACGUUUAAAGCCUGUGGUACAUGACAGUGUGCCGCAUGUGGACCUGGUGAUUGAACCUCUAACCUCAGCAGUAUUAUUGCUCAAACUGAGCCCAACUAAUCCAAACACAGUUUGAAGGACUGGCUAAACAAAGUCUCCAAAGUCAACUUUUCCAGGAUAUUUAGUCCGUGCCAUCGGCCCGUCUUCAGUGAAAAAAGCUCCCAGUUUGGACUGGUGAGACAGACACCCAGGUACUGGUCUAUUUCACGUAGCAGUGAUCUAAAACCUUGGUCAGUUUCACCUGAUCACAUAAAGCUUUUGUCCAAACAAACCUGGUAACACUAUACUUGAAGUGGUGCUCAUAAAAUAUCAUUAAUAGAUUGUAUUAUAAGGUAGGGAACCUACAGUGACACUGAAAAAGCACCUGCUGACAGUGGAAAGGAAAACCCCCCUCUUAACAGGAAGAAGCAGGGAUGCCAUCUGCCGGCAUUGGUUAAAUAAAUAAUAAAUAUAAAUAAUAUAAAAAGUCAGAUAUAGAAUAACUUGACCACCUUGGAUUUUUGAGCACCAGCUCAAAAACCAGCACCAGUCCCCACAUAACGACAUGAAGAUAAUAAUCAUGUCUUUGUUGCACACCAUUGGCUGCAUUUCCCACGGGGGCUAAACGAGCCCGGGCCACUCCUGCCUGGCCCCGUGGCACAUGGUUACCUGCUCACCCACUGAGCUAAACUGGCACCUCAGCAUAAAUAUUAAAAAGAAAUAUUGUUUAAAUUUUUAAUGCCUUUUUCUGGUAUUAGAACAUGUAAUAAUGAGUUUAAUGCCGUCAGUUAAACUGACGUAUUUUAUGAGCGUCACUUCUAACAAAGUGCUGCAUGGACAUUCUUCAAACUCAAUGAGAAUCAACAAUGAACCUUACAGCAGCAGAAAGGCCUGACCAUCACUCCCUGUGUGAUCCAGUAGCUCUGAAUAGCAAAAGGGAAGUUUUCUGUUUUUAUAUAUGAGAAGCAAUAAGCCAUUCACUAACAGAAAGGACAAUCAGUUGCUACCCACAAUCCACUGUGGGCAGAUUUUCCACAGUAUGCCUUAUGUCUUAUAUGAAGUAUUAAUAAAAAUGCAAUAUAAGAAAUAUCUCUAUAUUUUAUAUGUAUCUGUCUGAUUAUGUGCCAUGUUUCUGAAAUAAAUUGUUGCUAUUCUUUGUUGCAUGAUGACAAUUAUAAAAUGUGUUUACUCCAGAACAUAAUAUAAUAUGUUUUUCCCAUCUCUAUGUGUGUAUCUGCCUGUAUAGCACAAUGUGUCUCUAUAUCUAACAGUAUUACUGUGCUAGGCAGCUCUGUAGCAGGGAACCCAUCCGUCUGUUAUUAUUAGCAUUAUUAUUAUUACUAACUUCAAAGUGUUUUUUUCUCUUACUGAUCCUGGGCUGCUUUUUUAUGGUAAAAGUGUUUAAUUUCAGUUUACAGUAAAAAAAAAAAUAACUAAAAAGUUCUAACUAAGCUGCAACAGUUCAACCUUUUGGAAGUACUCGCAUUCACUUUGUUGACUCACAUGAUGCUUCUCUUCUUUAAUAUGAGGCCUGUUGUCCUGAUGUUUAGCUCUAUAUUUUUAUUUUUGUAGAUUUGCUUUAUAUUCAUCUGUUUUCUACAUGAGUUUCAGUUUAAUUGUUUAUGUUGUACUGUCCCCUCUUUGCUAAAUGUUUGAAACAUGCAGUCUUUUUAAGGACCACGCCCUCAAAGAUGCUGUGUUCUCAUUGGCCGAGGAGAAGUGUCUGUACUUUGUAAUCAUUCGUGUCCGGAACACAGAAUUUAAAGAAAGCACAUGAGGAAAUAAAAAAAUAAAAUUGUAUGGACAAAUCGAAGCCUUUGGCUUUUUACUGUAACAGUUUUGUUUAAAAGAAUCUGUAUAUUUUAGAUGAAGAGAGGGCAUAAUAGUUCCUCUUUCAGUCAAAGCUGGCAUGAUUGAUUUAAAUGGAGUCUGUAUAGAAAUAAAAAAUGCACAUAGAAACAUUACUUUAUUUUUAGUAACCUGUACCUAA